CUUUGCGUGCGCCGUUCGCGUCCUCCAUCUUUGCGACUGAGAGAAAUUUUAACUUCUUUUUUAUGCAGCAAAAUAUUUGCCAAGUUCGACAGCGAGUGACAGUAUUUGUGGAGUGGCAUAGGCAUGUCACACUACAGGGACCACGGUCCGCUCAACUGCAAGAUCUACGUCGGAAACCUGCCGCCCGGAGCGGCCAAGCACGAGAUAGAGGAGCGGUUCAGUGAUUUUGGGCGUCUGCGGAAUGUAUGGGUGGCGCGGAACCCCCCGGGGUUUGCAUACGUGGAGUUUGAGGACCACCGAGACGCCAGAGACGCGGUCAAGAGUCUGAACGGGAAGAUGAUCUGCGGGGUCCGGGCCAGGGUGGAGUUUUCACACGGGAUGAGGCGACCGUCCCGCAGGGGACUGCCACCUCCCGCCCCGUCACGGUCACACGACCGCUACAACUCCCACAGCUCCAGGUCCAGACGAUCCAGAUCUCGAUCUCCCAGACGACAGAGGUAUAGAUCCAGAUCACGCAGCAGGAGUCGCAGCCCGCGGCGGAGUCGCAGCUACAGCAGAGACCGCUCACGGUCAAGAGACCGGCGGUCAAGGUCCAAAUCUAAGGAGAGGAAAAAGAGGUCCAGGUCAGGGUCUCAGAAGCAAGCACCAAUCAGAUCAUCACGCUCACGUUCACGGUCCCCCAGCAAGGAGCGCGAACGCAGCAGGGGGAGAAGUGAGAGUGAUGGGAGCAAAUCACGGUCUCCGUCCAGAGAGAGGGACGGCCAGGAAAACAACGUGGACAGCCCCGACAGAAGAAGCAACGGGAUCGACGAAGAUUGAAGACAGACGACACAAGGUUCACAUUCCCCUUAUGGGAUUCCCACUCUGCAGGGCAGGGGCUAUGCUGCUCGGCCCUUGCCAAGCUAGGACUGGUUAGGACUGUCCGACCAUCCUCUCAUCGCAGAGCUGGACUCCAUCUUGUACUAAAAGUAUGGCAUAGUUUACUUCCACAUUCUUACUACUUAGGAAAGGUGCUUUCCUUUUAUCAUUAAGCACUGCUGAUCAAAAUAUUGUGUAGUAUGUGUGUGCAUGUGUGUGUAUGUGUAAUAUCUAUCUAGCUGCCAAGCAUGCAAUGUUUGUUAUAGGCAUAUGAUAAGUAUAUAUAAUGAGCCAAGGGAUUGCUCUUGGAUGGCAAAGAUAAUGAUCGUGGUAUCAUUACACAGAACCAAGUUUCUACAUUUAAUUUAAUGUCUUGGAUAUGUCUCCUCCGUUUUCCAGAGGAAGCUGUUAUACAUGUACUUAUUAACCAGCAUAUGAUGGUGGGUUUAAAAGUGUUUCCAACUUUUUGCUACUUUUCAUAAAGGGAACCUGGUGGUGUCUAUGUGGCUUAGUCUGGCAUUCUGCACUGCCUCUGCUGGCGCUCGCUUCAAUGCCUUGCAUUUUUAUCAAAAUGACCAAAAUGAAGCGAGGAAAGAAAUUCAUCUUUUUGUUUUCACAAACAAAAAUGUCAGCCUAAUAGAUGUUUGAUGCAUAACCUUGAAAUAUUUUAUGAAUAGUGCAGCUUGAUGUCCGUAAUGUAGGUUGAUGUAGUCAUGUACAUUGGCUGUUGUAUGAAACCAUUUUCACCUGUCCAAAUCAGUAGGCACGUCUCUGUGCAGCAGGUACUGAGUGUGGAACCUGUAGUUGUUCGUCAGGAAGCCCCAAGACUGUCCUUUGUUGUGUACUGUGAUGAUGAUCUUGCUAUAACAUUCCGUUAACAGGAGGCAUGUUCCCCUGCCCCCCAAAUCAACCGAACAGCCGUCCAACAAAUGGGCAACCAAUCAACCCAACUGCCCUGCCAAUCAACCACCCAGACGACAUCUGAGGCCCAACCCCCACAACCAAUUCUCUCAACCAUCCAACCCCACUUCUCCCAACUAGACCAGCGGACAACGAGGGUGCCUUGUGCCACGCACCUCGCACCCUGUCCCACCUAGCAUCACAUAGUGAACAGGCAACGCAGAUAAGUCAGCAUCCCUCCCACCACAAGGGAGACAGGCAGGCCUCACUCUAGCAGGUCAUAGGUCGUAAAGCCCUUCAAAAGGCAGGUGGAUCCAUACAGAAAUUACAGUAAAAAGAUCUGUUUUUUUUCCCUUGCCGUUUGCAAUCUAGUGUUUUUUUUUCCUUCCACUCUUUUCUCCUCCUCUUGAUAAAAUGCUUUUUGCUUUCAUUUUGCGUAUUUGUCAGUGUUUCCUGUCCUCCGGUGUUGUGCGUACUAACCGUCUUCUCCACAGCAAUCCUGAUGCCGGAGCUCCUACAGAGAACGGCAGACAACAUCACAAGUCAUGAAGGAGGGCUUUAACUGUAGACCCUAUCUGUAGUAGUUGAUAAGUGAGAAUGCUUCAGUCAGAAAGUCAUGUCAUAGUAGUGAAUCUUUCAGUGUGCUGUACACACAACAAAUUUGGACAGUAAGGUGCUGUGCUGUGAUCUGAGAUGAACGACUUCUUGUUGCAUCGGGAACUCCACUUGAACUUGUAUUUUCCAUGGCAGCUCACGAUUGUGUGGAAACUGUACUCAAUAAACUACAUUCUAACAUACUAUCACUAUAUCCUAUGUAAAUGUCCAGACAGCACAUUAUCAGUAAGACAUACUAACUCUGAUUAGGUCUGGCAUUGCCAUGCUAUUUACUAGAAAUGGAACACAGAAUUGAGUAGUGCAUUUGGUAAGGUUCUGUUGGAUGGUCUAAAAGGUAGCCUUGAUGCUAUCUUAUUUAGUUUCAUAGGGCUCUCAGACUCACUAGCAACAGAUUGGUAAGUCCUCUACAUGACUUCUCUGGAACUGCAGAUGUCUGUUGUUGCAAAUAUGAAAAUACAGUAUUGGAUAUCAUUAUCAGUGAAAUUAAUCAAUGUCCGUCAAUAAGUGUAGAGUAAGAAAUCUAAUGCCACCCGAUAUUAUGCAGGUAUUAAUGCCAUAUGUACAUAAUGUAGUAUGUAAGACUUGGGAAUCAUAUGAAUAUUAUUAAACACUUCAUAUAUAUUAUUUACUG